CAUCCACCGUACACACGUGCCAUUAACGCGUCGCACGUGUAGAUUUGUACGUACCUGCUGAAACGAUGUCGAUCAGCGACGAAGCUACUGAGAACGUCAAGAAGCCGGGCAAGGCAAGAAGCCCUACCGCCGUUGGAAUCACAGGUGAACGAGACGAUGGCGCCCUGUCAGCCGUUUGCAGCACAUUAUCAUGGGAUAUUACCGUGAAUCCAGAGCCCCUGGUCAUGAGGAAAAUCGUGCGAGAAGGCCUCGAUCUAGACUACAUAAGAUUUUUCAAGAAAUCGACGGCUGACUAUGUUUUCCGAAGGUUGGAGUCCGAAAUCGAGUACUUCGAGGGAGACCUGCUCAAGAUCAGAGUCUAUGGCAAGUGGCGGACGAUACCGCGGAAACAAGUUACCUAUGGUGACAGAAUGUCCUAUGCAUUUUCUGGCACCCGACUUCCGGCCAAACCGUGGACUCCUCUUCUCCAGCACUUGAGGGAUCUUGUUGCCAAUCAAACUGGCCACCGUUACAAUUUCGUACUCGUCAACAGGUACAAGGAUGGCUCCGAUCACAUGGGUGAGCACAAAGAUGACGAGAAAGACCUCGACCACGCUGUCCCUAUUGCAUCAUUGUCGUUUGGGCAACCUCGAGACUUUUUGCUGAAGCAUGGAGACGCAAGGCGCAAGGUACGUCACGUGGAGCCCGUGAAGAUAUGCCUGGAACACGGAAGCCUGCUGCUGAUGAACCCACCUACAAAUAGAUACUGGUAUCAUUCACUCCCGCCACGUAAGGCAGCUGUGGGACCUCGUGUGAACCUUACCUUUCGCCGAUUGCAUGUACUGCCAAGUCGUUAGUGAUCACAGAUGGGAUGUGAACUGGCUGUCAUUGCUGUUUUCACUUUUACAGUUCCUAUCAUUAUGGAAUUGUUGUUAGCACUAGCCUUCAUUAUAACAAAGUUGCAUCUUACUCGAAAAUAAGUUAGUUUUGUCCAAUAAUUUGUUUUAGUGCUUUGUUCGUAACACUAAAUCUAUUGCACCACAAUUUCUUACUUACUUCAUUAUAAUCGAUAUUUUGUUUAUCUGGGUCCGUUGUAUUGAGGUUUAACUUUAAUGCAGGAUAGGUGUGCAAGAAUAUUUGUUGCUUUGACAACUAAAUAAGUAAUGUAGUAUUCAGUAUUUUUUACACUGCAGCAUCAGGAUAUUUUAGCCGUUGUCAUAGAUAAGAACAUGAAUUUAUUCCAAAUGUAAAGGACCUUACAAGCAGACGAUUUUUAUAGUGUGAAACAGGCAUGGCUGACAUGAAAACUGGCAUAGGCUGAGCUUCUGCACCACAUCUAGAGUUGUUAGGCACAAAAUAGCUGUGCUUGUUUUUUUCUAUCUUGAAGCAUGGAAUUAAACGUGCGGGAGUGUUCAUUCAGACAUCAAACAAGAUGUUGGCAUCAACGAUAUCUUUAUAGCUGGUUGAAGCAAAUCCAGUGAAACAUAGUGCAGCCUUACGGACAAUACAUCAGGUUAUUUACUUUACACUACAGAUAUCUACAUCUGUAUAUACAGAUGCAUGCAUUGACAUUUCUGCUAGCAUCUUGAACCGCUGACAGAGCAGCCAUUGUAUAUAUACUUGUUCGCUCCACCAAUUCUUAAUGCUCUCUCUCCAUCUUACAGUUACAUUCAGUGCUCUCGAGUGUUUUUCCCUGGUAUACCGCUGAAGUUGGCAAAAGUGGAGGAGCAGAGAGAGACUCCUAAACUUUGACGAGGUGUCCAGUUUUCUUCACUGUUACAUGACGAAACAAAAUAUAGUCAGCGUAAACUGAAUAUAGUCAUUGCAUUUAUUGAAAAUUGCAUUUAUUUAGCUGAAAGAAAAACUUGAAUCGCAUCUUUUCAGAAGCACGGGCAUCCCUGUUGCAUCUUCCCCUCCCACACGCACCACACCUACAGGAGCAGGCUCACUCGGGGUUUGGGUCUAAGUUACAAAGCAUACUUGCAUGCAAAGAACACUUACACUACCAAACAUCAUACUCAGAGUUACUGUCCAGUAUAGGUGAAAUUGUACAGGUUCCUUAGUCAUUGCUUCAUUCUUCAUAUCCGCUAUGUAUUUGCAAGGUCAUUUUCUGUAGUGCUGUCGGCAGAACAGUCGCGAUAC